AUGGAGAACAUCACUGUUCUGGGUGUAUCAGCCCCGCCCCUUUCUGUUUCUGUAGUCCACAACAACAACAGCACCCAACUGCCUGCUGUAAACUUCCAGUACGACACAGCCAAGAAGGUGCUGUCCCUGCGGGGCCUCGCUCUGCAGCUGGGUGAGACGUACAGAGUCAACUGGGACCGGGUCCAGGCUGACCACCAACGCUUCGACUGUCACCCCGAAGAGGGCAGCGACGAGGCCAAGUGUCUGUCCAGGGGAUGCAUCUGGGAGCCUUCCCACAUAGACCGCGUUCCAUGGUGUUACUACCCGGAAGACUACGGCUACACCACCUCCACGGUCACCGAGAAUGAGGAGGGACUGACCUUUGACCUCACCCGCAACCCCAAAUACCGUAGCAGCGGCCGGCCGGACUCCCCCGACAUCAACACGCUCCGCGUGGAGAUACGUUAUCUCAGUUCCUACCUGCUCAAGUUCAAGAUCUACGACCCUGCUAACAAACGGUUUGAGGUUCCUGUGCCCCUCUCCGUGCCCCCCACACCGGAAACGGACGAGGCCAACAGACUCUACAAGGUGGAGCUUAACGCUAACCCCUUUGGCAUACGGGUCUACAGGAAGAGCACAGGCACCAAAAUUUGGGACUCAGCAGUGCCAGGCUUCACCUUUUCAGACAUGUUCAUCCAGAUCUCCACUCGCCUGCCGUCUGAGUACGUCUACGGCUUUGGGGAGACGGAGCACACCACCUACAGACACGACCUUGACUACAACACCUGGGGAAUGUUCGCCAAGGAUCAGCCCCCUGGGUAUAAGAUGAACUGUUAUGGAGUCCAUCCAUUCUACAUGGGACUGGAGCCCUCUGCCCAUGCACACGGAGUUCUGCUUCUCAACAGCAACGCCAUGGACGUGACAUUCCAGCCCACCCCAGCACUCACCUACCGGACAAUUGGGGGCAUCUUGGACUUCUACAUGGUCUUGGGACCCACCCCAGAACUCGUGGUCCAGGAGUACACUGCGCUCAUUGGCCGUCCCGUGCUCCCUGCCUAUUGGUCCCUAGGGUUCCAGCUCUGUCGCUAUGGAUACGCCAAUGACACAGAGAUAGCAGACCUCUACAGGGACAUGGUUGCAGCAGGCAUUCCCUACGAUGUGCAGUAUGCAGACAUCGACUACAUGGAGCGGCAGCUAGACUUCGUCCUGGACAGCCAGUUCUUGGGUCUGCCAGCCCUGGUGGACCGCAUGAGGGCAGAGGGCAUGAGGUUCAUCUUCAUCCUGGACCCCGCCAUCUCAGGAAACGAGACCAUCUCCUACCCCGCCUUUGAGCGUGGCAUCACCGACAACGUCUUCAUCCGUUGGCCCAUGGAACUUGGCAAUGAAAUCGUCUGGGGCAAGGUGUGGCCUGAUUUCCCUAAUGUCACUGUCGACGAGUCUCUCGAUUGGGAAACCCAAGUUCAGAACUACAGGUCCUUCGCAGCCUUCCCUGACUUCUUCCGGAAUCAGACUGCAGUGUGGUGGCAGCGGGAGAUUGAAGAGUUCUACAACAACACCAUGAAGUUUGAUGGGAUCUGGAUUGACAUGAAUGAGCCUGCCAGUUUUGUCCAUGGAACAGUGGGAGAGGUCUGUAAGGGAGACCAACUCUUGGAACGGCCUCCCUAUAUGCCACCUCUGGAGUCAAAGGAAAGGGGUCUGAACCACAAGACUCUGUGUAUGAACAGUGAACAGUUCCUGAGUGAUGGCACUCCAGUCAAACACUUUGACGUCCACAACCUCUAUGGAUGGUCCCACACCAAACCCACCUAUGAUGCACUCCUGAAGGUGACAGGGAAGAGGGGCAUUGUGGUGACCCGGUCAACGUAUCCAUCCUCAGGAAAAUGGUCUGGUCAUUGGCUAGGAGACAACAAUGCCAGCUGGGAUCAGCUCUUCAAAUCCAUUAUAGGCAUGAUGGAGUUCAGUUUGUUUGGCAUUCCUUAUACUGGAGCAGACAUUUGUGGCUUCUUCAACCGUCCUGAUUAUGAGAUGUGUCUUCGCUGGAUGCAGCUCGGAGCUUUCUACCCAUACUCCCGCAACCACAACGGCAAGGGCAACCCUAGACAAGACCCGGUUGCCUGGGAUGAUGCAUUUUCUGAGGCGUCUCGUGACGUGCUAAACAUCCGCUAUACACUCCUUCCCUAUCUCUACACACUCAUGUUUGAAGCUCACACACAAGGAAGCACUGUGGUUCGACCACUGCUGCAUGAGUUUGUGAAUGACAGACAGACCUGGGACAUCCAUAAGCAGUUCCUCUGGGGUCCAGCUCUACUCAUUACCCCUGCUCUGGAUCUGGGGGUCAGGGAGGUGAAGGGAUACGUUCCCGAUGCUCGUUGGUAUGACUUACACACGGCAACAGAUGUGAAGAUAAGGGGCCAGAUGGUAACCAUGCCAACCCCUCUUAACCACAUCAACCUUCAUGUGAGGGGAGGCUAUAUUCUCCCCUGGCAGAAACCAGAGAACAACACAUUCUACAGUCGGAGGAAUCCUUUAGCGCUAAUCGUUGCCCUGAGCGACAGUGGGACAGCUCAAGGUUCACUGUUCUGGGAUGAUGGCGAGGGGGUUGACACCUAUGAGAAGGGUCAGUACCUGCUCACCUCCUUCACGGCCUCUUCGAACACCCUCUCCAGUCGGGUGGUCCACAAGGGCUUGUCCCCCGCUGACCGGCUGGUCCUGGGCCAGGUCAAAGUGUGGGGGUCUGGGGCUGUGCCCAUCACGGAGGUCAUACUGCAGGACGAGACGGGCACGGCACAAAUUCUGACCCACAAGCACAACACCACCACGCAGGAGCUGAUUGCAGACGCCAGCACCAACCCUGUUUUCGUUGAUCAGGUGUUCACCAUCACCUGGAAGACUAGCAUCAGACGGCGAACGCCUCAGUAGAAUGCGGUCGACCAAUCAGCCUGGGAGUGGGAGUGGCCUUCAAACACGCCCGUGGCACUGAGGAUGUGCUGGAAUGGUAUAAGUUUGUAAUCAAGAGGCUGUUUUUAUUAGCUCCAUUUCGAUUCUGUCUCUGGGCAAGCUGCCGUGCUGGCUUUGAGGACAUGCUCGUCCAGCUCUGUUGAAGAGCAUUUCUGUUUCUCACUGUGGAUCGUGUGAUGUAAAUAAAGUAACGGGAGUAAAAUUCUA